AUGGGUCAGACUCUGAAAUACUGGGUUAAUCGGUUUAAGAGACCUUGUGAGUUUUGGGUCACGUCCUUAAAUGAAAUCCCUAAUUCCUUAAAAUCAAAAUCACUGAAAUCUGAAGUUGCCUCCAACCUUUCCGUCGUUCACUGCCAAGUGCAUCCAUCGUCCGCCGCCAUCAACGGUUCGCCGCCAUCAACGCCGUUCACUGCCCUGUUCAUCCAAUGUCCACCAGCCAUCAAAAGGUUUUCCAGCACAACUGUGACUGAAGUUUUCCAGCAGAUUGGUGGAGGUGAGGCUCCUGAUGAAACAACACUCUUGUGUUCCCGAGGUUCAGACAGUGCAUUGGAGUUCCUGUCCACUUGCAAAUUGGCGAACCUAACAGUGAAGGCAGAGCUUGGUUGUUGCUUGCUUCAUAGAAGUGGAAGGCUAACUAUAGAUGGCUGCAUCCUUCAAUGUGAGUCAAACCCUUUGGACUAUCUCUCAUGCCCAAUCGUGACUACAGCUGGGGGGAGUGAGAUUUUCUCCUCCUCUGUGAAGACUAGUUGUGAUGGUGUUUCUGUUUUUCAAACUCGGAUAGAAGGGGGUUCCAAGGCUGUUGUUACAAGUGGGAAGCUGGCUUUGCAGCGAGUUCGAGUCAUCUGUUCUCGAACUUGUGUUUAUUUCUGGUUUGAUGUAGAAGAUAACUGAUGACAUCUCAAGCUAGCCUGUAACAUAAUGAACCUAGCUUUUUAUUUAUUCUCAUUGUUGAAUUGAUUCUGAAUAUAAAUGCUUUCAUUCAAGAUAA